GACUGGAAUAAGCACUUAAGUCACUAUGGGAGUCCAGGAUAUUCAGGGUGAGGGAUUUCCCGAUCAGUUUUCUGGGUUGGCUGACUCCUUAUUUCUGGACCUACCGCAACCUUGGCUAGCCAUUCCUUCAGGUUGAAACAUGUUGAAACAAGAUGGAACUCUGUGUUCCUUCUCACUCUGCAUGGAGCAAGUGCAACGUUCAUGUGAAACUCUGAGAUCUGACUUUAUAGAGAUAUAUGGACCUUUGAAAUACUGCUCCGCAUGUAUGAAAUCUGUGAAUGGAAAAUGGAUCACUCGAAGGUCAAUGAUGGGAAUUCCAUUGCAUGCUCAUCAAUCAGAUAGAUGAAUUUUUUGAACGAACUCUUCAAUUCAAGGAAGAAGCGAUCCCUUCUCUCGCUACUGAUAGAUGAAUUUUUUGAACGAACUCUUCAAUUCAAGGAAGGAACUCUGUGUUCCUUCUCACUCUGCAUGGAGCAAGUGCAACGUUCAUGUGAAACUCUGAGAUCUGACUUUAUAGAGAUAUAUGGACCUUUGAAAUACUGCUCCGCAUGUAUGAAAUCUGUGAAUGGAAAAUGGAUCACUCGAAGGUCAAUGAUGGGAAUUCCAUUGCAUGCUCACCACGCAAGAGGAGGCCGCCUUCAAGUGAAGCAAGUGUGGGGGACAAUGCAAGUUCUCUGACAAUCAUGGCUUGGCCAUCUGCUGAAACUUGAGGACAUACUGGAUAUUUGACAUUUGCAAGGAAGUGUACCUUGAAAAAAUAACUUUGCAAUCAAUGCAAACACUUAGUUUUCAUCCUACUAUUAUGAUUGAUUCUUAGCUAUGAUACAUUCCCGAGUAUUCUGUAUUAUUACAUCUUCAGUUGAUUUAGCUAAUAAAGUGUGAAUGACUAAUGAUUCUGUAUUACUACAUCUUCAGUUGAACUUUUAAAUCAACUAAACCUGUAAAUCUUAUAUGAGAUUAUCUGUAUUUGUUAUUUAUAAAA